CGGGUAUAUAUAGAAGUUUAUCUAUUCAUACAUGUAAUAAGGCAGCGAUAUUUUGAUCAUCGGUGUUCGUGGUAGUCAGUUUUUCGAAAAUGAAAUUCAGUGCGCUUGAACUUGCUGUGGUCCAGGUUUUCCUGGCUUGCACAGCGUCGUGCGGUCUACCAUACUUGUCUCCAAGCCUGCGGAACCUGCUCACCGACUCCAACUCGAUGCAGGCACCGGCAGAUCAACCUCAGCUCUCCUUCGGCACCUUCCGGGGACCCGGCUCCUCGCAGGACUCCGAGAAAGCCCAACCUUUCAACACCCUCACUGCCGGCAACGUGGGAACCGGGUCGGCCACCGUGAGCCAACCCGGCCAGGCUGACGUCACCAUCGAGAAACCGAAACCCUACGCCUGGAACAAACCCUCCCCGUCCAUGGUCUUCGGCGGCAACGAGAAACUCCCCCCUUUGAACUUUGGCGGGGGAGCUGCACCGGCGAAACCGUCCUGGAAGUCACCUUACGGCGGGGCUUGCUCCAAGACACCCUCCUCCCCCCCGAUGCCCGGCGGUGGCCUUGGUCUCGGGGGUCCGCUCAAAUACACGACCUUUGACAUCCCGGGCGGUAAAGCUACGGUCGCCUCCAACUCGCACCCUCUCCUGAUGUCGGUCCUCAAGAAUAUGGGCAAAGAGCACGCUGCUAGUGAUAUUAAAGAAGGUGAUCCGACGGAAGCGUUAGGGCCUCUCAGAGCUAGUCUUCUUUCGGGUGGUGGCUCGCCCUAUGGAGGCGGAUCGGGCGGUAAUACCAAGUCGAUCUUCGGGUCACCAGGAGGUGGAUUGGGAGGUCUUGGUGGUUUGAGAGGCUUUGGUGGGUUGGGGGGUCUCGGUGGUUACGGGUCUCCUCGCGGUGGUUUCGGGCGUUUGGGUGGUUAUCGGGGCUUUUGAGUUUACUGCGCAAUGACUGGAGAAGUGGAGCAUCAAUAAGAACUGAAAUGUAACGGGUUUUUUAUAUAUUACGUAGCUGUAAUGCAUCUAGCUGUAUACGUAGCUGAAAUAUAUUUUAAAACUAAGCAUUAUCGUUGUGAUGCUGUCCCUAGGGAAUGAAAGAGGUGGGCAGCAUUUCACUGAUUUUGAAAAGGACGUGUUUAAGUCAAAAACUGUAUUGAGUGUUCUGGCUCAUUAAUAUUUGGCUCGAGGCUGGAAACUUAGUUUUUAUUUCAACAGUUUUUGUAAAGGUUGCUUUGAAACAAAUUUAGUUAAAGUGAUACCUCAAUUUUUGAAUUCCAAAAAAUUCAUGUAAUAUCUUCUUCCGUCAGAUGUCUCAAUGGCAGCAUUGAUCAUGAACAGUGUUUUGCUUUUGAGAAUAAAGAGGAUUGAAUUUCAGUUAUGCUCGGAAGUUGUUUCAUAGGGUCUAGAGGGACUUAAGUUUAGAUUUCGUCAAAAACCUCUAUAAAGCCUCUACCAGAAAUUCAUGAUUACUUAUACAAAUUUCUCAAACAACGGUACUAGCGUAACUGUAAAUCACACAAAUGAUUUGAACAGCCGAUGAAGUUUUUACAGUUUGCUGUGAUUCAUUGUCAAAAUAUUAUAGUUUUGUGAUUGAAUGAAUAUAACAAUAAAAAGAUAAUUGUACACGAA